UUAAACGUCCACGCAUCAUGUAGUACAGUAUUAGUUGCAAAUUAUUAUAAUACUUUUAGAUGCAAUAAAAUAGUUGACGUUGGGAAGCAAAAUUAUGAAACAAUCAGUUAAUUCGUAAUCAUAAUUUACCGAAAUUCUAUUAUAAUUAGAACAAUGCGAAAUUUUUUGGGCGAUAUUGUAAUAUGCAUUUUGCUACUACUUUCAGUAAGCCUUAUAUUUGGAGCUAGUGAAAUCAUUAAAUCCCUUGUGAACACUGGAGAUAAUUUUUUAAAAACUUCUUCCUACAAUUGGAUUAUCAAAUUAUGUUUAAAUUUAUUGAGUUAUGCUACUGUAUUAUUGCCAGGUUGCCUGAUAUAUAAAUAUGUUCGUCAUACUAAAUAUAUUCAAAGAGGAGGAAAAGGAUGUAUACCCAAGCUAGUACAUUUAUGUUUUGUGGGAAAUUGUGAGACAGGAUUAUUGGAUUCUUCUUCUUACACAUCUGCGCCAUCAAAUCAUAGCCAACGUACUUUUACACAAGAUGCUUUAUUACUCCUGUAUUGUUUCUUUGGAUUGCAAAUUAGUUAUUUAACAUGGGGUUACUUACAAGAAAAAAUAAUGACUCAGGAAUAUGAAGAUGUUGCUGGUAACAAGGAUCGUUUCCAAGAUUCACAAUUUUUAGUAUUUGUAAAUCGAAUUCUUGCAUUUUUAAUGUCAGGGUUGUAUUUAAUAUUUCAAAGACAACCACAACAUAAAGCACCUCUUUAUAAGUAUGUAUUUUGUUCCUUAUCAAAUAUUAUGAGUAGUUGGUGUCAAUAUGAAGCUUUAAAGUAUGUCAGUUUCCCGACACAGGUAUUGGCAAAAGCUUCAAAAAUAAUCCCAGUAAUGAUAAUGGGGAAAAUAAUUUCACAUACCACAUAUGAAUAUUAUGAAUAUGUUACAGCUGUACUCAUUUCUAUUGGAAUGACAUUAUUCAUGUUAGAUAGUUCAGAUUACAAAAAUGAUGGAGCUACUACUGUAUCUGGUAUUAUUCUCUUAGGAGGCUAUUUAUUAUUAGAUAGUUUUACAAGUACCUGGCAAAGUGCAUUAUUUGUGGAGUACGGUGCAACAAGUGUGCAAAUGAUGUGUGUAGUUAAUAUGUUUUCCUGUUUAUUAACUGCAAUGUCUUUAUUUCAACAAUCUAGUUUCCCUCUCAUAUUUUCUUUUAUGACAAAGUAUCCUAGGUUCAUUGUGGAUUGCUCACUUAUAUCAAUUUGUUCUGCAAGUGGUCAAUUAUAUAUCUUUUAUACAAUUUCUAAAUUCGGCCCAGUAACAUUUGUCAUUAUGAUGACUAUACGACAGGGUUUGGCUAUAUUGUUAUCUUGUUUGAUGUAUCAUCAUCGCGUAACAAUUAUCGGUAUUAUUGGUAUUCUACUAGUAUUUGGUUCGGUAUUCUUACGAAUAUAUUGUAACAAUCGAUUACGUGCAAUAAGAAGACGUAGGGCUGCGGCAAAUAGUAUAAAAGAUUAAUUAGAGAAACAAAAAACAUAGGUACAAAUUCUAUUAAAUUUAAAAGUUUUUUUUUAAAUGCAUAUAAAAUUUGUUUUCUAGUUGCAAAAAAGAGAUUAAUUUAUAUCGAACAUUGAUUAUAAUAUUUCGGCAAUUUUCAUAUAUUUUAGGAGCAUUAGAGAAAAUAAUCAAUUUAAACAUUCAGUUUUUUAAUUCUCUGAAUUUGUAAUUCAGUUUCAUAAUGAAAACUUUUAAAACUUUUGAGUACUUUUAAAAUAUACAUAUAUACAUAUAUAUAUAUUAAAAAUAAUUAAAUCAAAAAAUGCAUUAUUUAUUCAAGAAAUAUUUAUUUUAUUAUAGACAAAACAUGUCAC